AUGGCCGCGGGAGCCGGGACGGCGGGCUCCGCUUCCGGCCCGGGCGUCGUGCGUGACCCAGGGGCGUCACAGUCGAGGAAGCGUCCCGGCAGGGAGGGCGGGGAGGGCGUGCGGCGAUCAGACGCGAUGGCGGGAGGAGGCGGGAGCAGCGACAGCAGCGGGCGGGCGGGAGGCAGGCGGGCGUCCCGUAGCGGCGGGCGGGCUCGGCGGGGGCGCCACGCGUCCGGGCUUGGGGGCGCCGCGGAGCGCGGCGCGGGGGAGGCGCGGCUGGAGGAGGCGGUCAACCGCUGGGUGCUCAAGUUCUACUUCCACGAGGCGCUGCGGGCCUUUCGGGGUAGCCGGUACGGGGACUUCAGGCAGAUCCGGGACAUCAUGCAGGCUUUGCUUGUCAGGCCCUUGGGGAAGGAGCAUACCGUGUCUCGGCUGCUGCGGGUUAUGCAGUGUCUGUCGCGCAUUGAAGAAGGGGAAAAUUUAGACUGUUCCUUUGAUAUGGAAGCUGAGCUCACACCACUGGAAUCAGCUAUCAAUGUGCUGGAGAUGAUUAAAACGGAAUUUACACUGACAGAGGCAGUGAUCGAAUCCAGUAGAAAACUGGUCAAGGAGGCUGCAGUCAUUAUUUGUAUCAAAAACAAAGAAUUUGAAAAGGCUUCAAAAAUUUUGAAAAAACAUAUGUCCAAGGACCCUACAACUCAGAAGCUGAGAAAUGACCUCCUAAACAUUAUCCGUGAAAAGAACCUGGCCCACCCUGUGAUCCAGAACUUCUCCUAUGAGACCUUCCAGCAGAAGAUGCUGCGCUUCCUGGAGAGUCACCUGGAUGACGCAGAGCCCUACCUCCUCACGAUGGCCAAAAAGGCUUUGAAAUCUGAGUCCUCCACCUCAGCCACAGUGAAAGAACCACAACCUCAGCCAGCACCAGAGCCUGUGGAAAAGCCACUCAGAGAACCUGCCAGGCAGCUACAGAGCACACCAACCACCAUUGGGAUUAGGACUCUGAAAGCAGCUUUCAAGACUCUGUCCAGUGCACAAGAUUCUGAGGCAGCCUUCUCAAAACUGGACCAGAAGGAUAUGGUCUUUCCUAAUAAAGUGUGCCCGCCAUCACCAGCCCUCAAAAACAAGAGAACAAGAAAAGAUGAUAACGAAAGUUCUGCCCCCGCUGAGGGUGAGGGUGGCUCUGAACUGCAGCCCAAGACCAAGCGCAUGACAAUAAGCAGACUGGUUUUGGAGGAGGACAGCCAGAGUACUGAGCCAAGCCCAGGCCUCGACUCUUCCCAGGAGGUCACACCGGCUUCACCAUCCAAGCCCACUGUCCUCAACCAACCCCUCCCUGGGGAGAAGAAUCCCAAAGUACCCAAAGGCAAGUGGAACAGCUCUAAUGGGGUUGAAGAAAAAGAAACUUGGGUGGAAGAGGACGAACUGUUUCAAGUUCAGGCAGCACCAGAUGAAGAGAGUGCAACCAAUACAACAAAAAAGCAGAAGUGGACUGUAGAGGAAAGCGAGUGGGUCAAGGCUGGAGUGCAGAAGUAUGGAGAAGGAAACUGGGCUGCCAUUUCUAAAAACUACCCGUUUGUUAACCGAACAGCUGUGAUGAUUAAGGAUCGCUGGCGGACCAUGAAAAGACUUGGCAUGAACUGA